GCGCCGCAGGGGGGCGGGCGGCAGCUUACCUGCCUGCCGCGCUUCCCUCUGGUUCCUACUGAUUUUUCACUGCGAUAGGUAUCCUUCCUACAGCUGAGGGCUGCCUCUGGAGAGAAUUAGCAGUCUCUACACUAAAGCCCUCGUGUCCCUGCUCUCCCUACUUCAGUCCUGGCUAUGUCUGACUCCCUCAUCGGAGUCGGGUGGUGCGGCUAGGGAGGGAAGCCCGUGAGAGCAGUCCCGGCGCACUUCCGCCUCUGCGCUCCGGAAGGUAGGGCGCACGCGCUUGCUGCGACUCCGGAGCGACUCACUUCCGCUCCCACUGUGCCCUGCGAGCCGAAUCAUGGAUCACACUGACAAUGAGUUACAAGGCACUAAUAGUUCUGGAUCCUUGGGUGGUCUUGAUGUUCGCAGAAGAAUUCCUAUAAAACUGAUCUCCAAACAAGCCAACAAAGUUAAACCUGCACCUCGAACUCAAAGGACUAUUAGCAGGAUGCCUGCAAAGGCCCCACAAGAAGGAUUUGAUUAUAACGAAGAACAGCGGUAUGACUGUAAAGGGGGCGAACUCUUUGGGAAUCAGCGAAGAUUUCCAGGACAUCUUUUUUGGGAUUUUAAGAUAAACAUCUUAGGUGAAAAGGAUGAUACACCAGUUCAUUUCUGUGACAAAUGUGGAUUACCUAUUAAAGUGUAUGGGAGAAUGAUUCCAUGCAAGCAUGUCUUUUGCUAUGACUGUGCUAUUUUACAUGAAAAAAAAGGAGAUAAGAUGUGUCCAGGGUGUAGUGAUCCUGUGCAGCGGAUUGAACAGUGCACACGAGGGUCUCUCUUCAUGUGUAGCAUUGUUCAAGGUUGCAAAAGAACAUACCUGUCUCAGAGGGACUUACAAGCUCAUAUCAACCAUCGCCAUAUGAGAGCUGGAAAGCCUGUUACCCGUGCUUCACUUGAGAAUGUUCAUCCUCCUAUUGCCCCACCACCAACUGAAAUUCCCGAUCGUUUCAUAAUGCCACCAGACAAGCAUCAUAUGAGCCAUAUUCCUCCAAAGCAGCACAUCAUGAUGCCACCACCUCCUCUGCAGCAUGUGCCACAUGAGCACUAUAAUCAGCCACACGAGGAUAUUCGUGCUCCUCCAGCAGAAUUGUCCAUGGCUCCACCUCCACCUCGGUCGGUCAGUCAGGAAACCUUUCGUAUUUCAACAAGAAAACACAGCAAUUUAAUAACUGUCCCUAUUCAGGAUGACUCAAGUUCAGGUGCUAGAGAACCACCACCUCCUGCCCCAGCACCUGCUCAUCAUCAUCCUGAAUACCAGGGUCAGCCAGUGGUAUCUCAUCCUCAUCAUAUUAUGCCUCCACAGCAGCAUUAUGCACCACCCCCACCUCCUCCACCACCAAUAAGCCAUCCAAUGCCACAUCCUCCCCAGGCUGCAGGUACUCCUCACUUGGUAUAUAGCCAAGCUCCACCUCCACCAAUGACCUCUGCUCCACCACCAAUAACCCCUCCCCCUGGACAUAUUAUUGCCCAGAUGCCACCUUAUAUGAAUCAUCCUCCACCAGGACCCCCUCCACCUCAGCAUGGUGGUCCACCUGUAACUGCACCCCCUCCUCACCAUUACAAUCCUAACUCUUUACCCCAGUUUACUGAAGAUCAAGGAACUCUAAGCCCUCCAUUUACACAACCAGGAGGAAUGAGUCCCGGUAUAUGGCCUGCACCAAGAGGGCCGCCACCUCCUCCACGAAUGCAGGGCCCGCCUUCUCAAACCCCACUACCUGGACCACAUCAUCCAGAUCAAACAAGAUAUAGACCGUAUUACCAGUGAUCAUAGUGUUUUGAACUGAAGAUAAAACAAGGGAAAAAAAAGAUUAAAUUAGUCAAUUAAGCUUUGACUGUGGAAGGAAAACUACCUCUUUUGAGGUAGCUAUAAAACACAAAGUCUUGUCUCUUAAAAUGGUUUUAAUCUGACUUUAGGAUUGCUUUCAAGUACUAUUCUGUAGUGCAGAUAAGUGGCUUGGUUGAGCACAACUAUAUCUUAACAACUGUUACGUUGGUGUGAUAAAUUUUCCCAAAAGUGACCAUUUAUAAAAAAAAUUUGAAAAAAAAUUUCACUGUUCCACUUUGAGAAAUACUGCUUUUAUUAAACCCAAUGUUUAGUUUUUCUUGU